AUGAUGGGAGCCUCACUAGAGGCAGCAACAACAACAGCAACGACGGCACGAGCGACAGGUGUCGUCGAGGAGGAGAAGGAAUCUUCAGGCAUUACCAUCGAGGUCCUACAGCAGCACUUCCAUCAGCCUCUGAUGGCCGUCGCCGAUGAGCUCGGCGUCAGCCUGACGAUGAUCAAGAGACUAUGUCGCAAGCUUGGCAUGCCGCGGUGGCCGUUCAGGCAAAUCGACUCUAUCAACAAAGCUAUGGAGGACCUUCAUGACCAGCUCGAGGGUGCAAGGACCGAGGCAGAUCGAGCCAGGUAUUGCAAGGCCCUGGAGGACGCUGAGAAAAAGAAGCAGCUCAUCACUCGAGGCGCGGCGGCGGGCGUCGAUCCUAACGUGCGCAAUGCCCUCUACCUGGCGGACACGGCAAACGUCUCGGAAGACGAUAUUUUCGGCAACCCGGAGCUGAUGUCCAAGCUCAGCGACGCGCUCAAGACCAUCACGAAGCGCAAGCGGGUCAAGGGGAAGCCUCUCGUGGACCUCAUCGCUACCGUCCAGCGGGAUGGCUCCCUGCCGGCUUGCGUCCAGGGCAGCACUCCGGUGUCCGCGAGCGUCGAGGCCUCGCGCGCGCGGGCGCGCGCGAACGGCGAGGGCUUCUCGCACGACGCCCUCCUCGACAGCCCCGCGAGCAGCUGCGCCACCCUCGUGGCCGGUAGCAGCCCCGGUCCGGGCGAGGGCCCGUUCUCCCCCGGAGGAGGCUCGCUGUCGGGGAGGUACUCGCCGGCGGCGGCGGGCGGCGGCAGCGGUGUGAACGGCACGGCGGCGGCGGCAACCAGGGCGACCGGCGUGGUGCUGCAGCAGCCCCCGUCGUUCGCCUUCCGGCCCUCGGGAGCGGCGGGUACCCCGAGCGGUGGCGGCGCGGGAUAUCCUCACGGUAUGGGACAGCGUCAGCCCUCGCCGGCGGGGGGUCAUCGGCCCCGACCGAAGGAGCGCCUCUCGAUCACGUCGUCGGUGGCCUCGACGGACAUCGAGAGCCUGGACACGUCGCACCUCUUGGAGUUCGACGACGAUGACGACGACGAGGCGGUGCCGUACGGCGGCCCGGGGUACGCCGCGCCGGCCGGAGACCUGGGCUGCGUCCCUUCCGCGGCGGGCGGCGUCGGCUCAGGCCCAGGCGCCGCCGGAGCUGCCGGCGGGGCCGGGAACCGCGUCUCGCCGGAAGACCUGCAGGAGCUGGAGGAGGCGCUGCUGAUGGACAACUUCUCCGGGCUGAUGGACGGGAUCCUGGAAGGGGAGGAAAUUCCCAGCGGGGUCCCGAAGAUGGAGGGCCUCGAAAAUAUGAACUUCUCCGGCCUGUUCAACAGCGGGGCGCAGCCUCUCACGCGCACGGGGGGGCAUGCAGCCAAUAGCGGCCCCGGUAUCGGCGCCGGCGUGCCUCGCGGCACCCCGCGCUCGGCGGGAGCCGCCGGGUCGCCGCGCGUGCAGAUGUUCGGCGGCCGUAGCGUCCCCUCUCCUAACCAUGCCGCCGGCUCGGCGUCUCCCGUUGGGACGAGGAAGGGGUACUCGCCACCGCCCCAGACGCCGGGGACGCCGGGGACUCAAGCCACGGCCCCCGGCGGCGGGAGCGGGAGCGGGAGCGGCCGGAGACGCGGGGACGAGGCGUUCCCGGCCGAGCAGUACGCCCUUCCGUCUCCGAAGGACCCCCUCGGCUCGAACGGCCUGAUGGGGGGGCCGAGCCCCAAGUCUCGACGGGUCGGGGCGAGGGGGUUCCCGGAGAGGUUCCCCGGUUCCCCGCAGGCCGGACUUUCGCCUCACGUCGGUUUCCUCCCGCAGUCCCCCCUCAGCGGUGGGGGGGCCGCGGCCGGCGCCAACGGCAGCGCCGGCUUCAACGUGACGUGUUCUCCUCUGGGCGGGUCGGACCGCACGUACUUCCCAGCCCCGGCCGCCAGCGCGAAGGCCGCCGCUCUCGCCGACCCGUCCUCGGGCAGGGGACACCGACGCUCCAGCAGCAGCGGCUUGAGCAGCGGGUGGGGAUCGGGCCACCGGCAUGGAGGGGUGGGGGAGAGCGGUUUCGAUCCCUGUGCGACCGCUCCGAGCGGUCCUUCAGCCGCGGCAGUGGCGGCGGCAGCGGCUUGUUCGAGCGGAGCCAUGAGCGCUGGCUUCCAGGCAUCGGCUACCGCCGCCAGCAGCUCUGGCCAAAACUGGAGCGUGAGGCUCGGAGACGGUACCAAGCAGAACGGCGUUGCGACCGCCCCCAAGCCGGCGCCCCGUCAGCACGGGUGGGUGUUGUCUUCGGGGGAGGUUCAGCAGCAGCAGCAGCAGCAGCAGGGAACGAAGUCGCGGAGUUCUUCACCCUCGAUCUCCGCAAACGGGCCGCCGCAGCAGCGUCUGCCUCAGCAGCAGUCGGCAGCAUCGCGGCCAAAAACUCACGGCGUCGUGCGACGUAGGCACAGUGCCCCCAUACCCCCCGUACAGAUCUUCCCGGUGGCGUCCGGCGCCGGCGAGUUUGCCGGAGAGGAUAUCAUGGACAUGAGCUCCGCCGCUUGCUCCUCGGCUAUCAAGAUGGAGUUUCAGGCUGGAGCUGGUAGCCGGCAACCGUUGGAAGGCAUCGGCGGCGGCAGCGGCGGCGGCGGCGACGUCCUCGAGAGCUUCUCCACGAACUAUUUUGGCGCUGCCACGGGGGCCGGGGCGGCGGCGGCGGCGGCGGCGGCCGGGAAAUGGCGAGGGGGGGCACCUGCUCCCGCCGCGACAAAGAUGGGCGAGGCCGAGGGGGUGUGGUGGCAGCAUCGUCAAGCGGGGGAGGGCGGAAUGCUGCUUGAGACGUCGGCAACGGCGGCGCGAGCGCCGUCCACGGAAAUGCCCGGCAACUGCGAGUUUGAGACUACCUUCGACGACAGCGCUGGGUGUGACGACCUGAUGGACGCCCAUGUGAUGACAGCGACGUUGCCAGUGGACUUGUAACACGGAUACCCCCCCCCCCCCCCUCCCAUUCCCUUGUCGCCCCCCACGCCAGCGUAUCUCCUGUGUUUGAAAGGUUGACGUGCAUUUGUUUUGUUGCGCGCUGCGUGUCGAUGCGUGUCGUCCGAUUGAUUCUCAUCCCCGCUAUGUAUGUGUGUGGCCUUGUCCGUUGUAGCUCGCGAUACCAUUGUAGUAGUUGAAGUUUUUCCUUGCUGUUGUGUUCGGGUUCCCGAAACGUGUCGGUCGGCACCGAAACGACUCUUUCUAGAGUAGUAGCGGUGGGCGAUGUGUUGUGUCUUCCCGUGUUUGUUGUGUGUUUUCAGAAAGGAGAAUGGCAGCCAACGUUUUAGCCUUCCGGCGCCGAAGCACGCGUACUAUAUACUUGGUAAUGUUUUUGUCUAGACUAAUGUACGCCAACAGCGGGUUCUCCGUAGAUCCUCGUUAUCCCGAAAGGCGGUCAUGAUUGCUGUACUAUGCACGUGGCAUGGAGGCUGGCGAAAGGCAAGAAAAGAGGGCGGGGGGAGGGGGGGGGGGUCCGGUUGGAAAUUCGUCCGUUGUCUCGUUAUUGCAUUCUUGUCAUGUAUUUUGAUGUCUGUCUCCUUUGCUUGUCUGUCUAGUCUGUCACGUCACCAGUCAGUCAGUCAGUCAGUCAGUGAACGCACGAGGAAUCCAACACAGUUGGGCACGCGGUGUACUGUGCGUUGUUACAGCCGGAUGGUGGUACCUUUACGAUUCUACUUCACCCACUACUGCUGUCGGUGAUUUGACUCAGUCGAUGCAUAAACUUUUGUGUCCCUUUCGGCCCGGUUGAUUGUGCGAGGGCGUGUCGAUAGUGGUCGCGGACGGGGGUGGGGGCAGUACGCUGUCCAGUUUUCUUUUCUAAUGUCGAGGGACAGAGAUUUUCUUUUUUUUGUUAUCAAGUACCGACAGAGAAUGGUGACCGACGGUUCUUGUUGUAAGAUACAGGAAGUGACACGACAACCGACAAAAAACGUGUUUAGUAGCUUCUGUGAGCGUUGUAUUGUAAUAGUCUGUUCCCUUCCCGUAUGUUGCACCGCCCAUGCCUUAUGCAAAGUUUCGUGCAACACUCGAUGUUGUUCCCCUUAUCGAUAGACAAGAGUUCUGUGUGUUUUUUCUCGAUCGGAGCGCGGUCCGCUUGCUGCGUGGUGGGGGUCAUUUGCUGUCUUCUUUUUUUGUCUUGUUCGGAGAGUGGCGAGGCGAGGCGGGUCGGUGCACGAAACCGCCAUGCCGUUUCGCACGGGCGAGCCAGCCGUCCGUUGUGCAGAAUUUUUCGGUGCGUUUUCCUAGAUUUUAAUGACCCUUUCACGAGGGGUUACUCGCGACAGGCGGGCGAUGAACUGCUGUGCCUUGGUGUGACGGAAUGCCAACGGGCUGACGAUCCCCCCAGGCGGUGGUGGUCGAUGGCAGAACUCUUCUUGCAAGCAGCGAAAAGACCGGGCGCAUUUCCGCGAGGUGGACGCGUCUCCUGGCCGUCCUUCCUGUAUUUAUUGAAAAUGAUAAGAGUCGUUGUUGUCGUGAUGUUGACUUUCUGUUUUUGAGGAUUCCCUUGUACUUCUUUCGCAUUUGGGUUUUAACGGGGGGGGGGGGGGGGUCACAGGGCUUGCGAUUGGCGGACUCCCUUAUUGCGCGUGGCGCACGUGGUGCCGGGCGUCUUGUCGUAGUUUGAAUUUUUUUUUCUUCUUUCUUUUUACGAAAGCAAACAAAACACCGUUGGCUUGCUAUAAUUGCAAGUUCGGGGUGAAGUUUGAGUGGAGAGGUCAAAACUGGUGCGGCUGAACUACGCGCGAGACUGCUGCGUCGCCGCGUCAUAUCGGCAAAGCGAGGGGAGAAGCGGGAAAGGAGUUUGCUUCUCGCUUGGUUGUUUGGGACCUUGACUCUCAGUUUGAAAACGAAAACAAGAAGAUCUACUCGCGUUUGGGGGACAAGGAGCAGCGUAGGCGGCGGCGACUUCUUUUAGAUUUUCUUGCCUUCCUGAGUAUAGAUAUAGCGCAAGGGAAAAGCAAUUUGUGG